CCGCCAUAUUUACUGGAGAGUCGUCCAUUGCUUGCGAGAGGGGUGUGAAAUAAUUGUAGUUUUCCUGAAAUAAUGCGUUUCGUCAGUUAACACUUACCAUUUUAGAUUCAGUGAUCAGUGUUUUAUUUGUAGAACAUUAAAUUCUUUAUCGAUCACUGACUGAUGUGCUGUAGUCGUUAUUUCCCGUUUCGUUGCUCCAAUCUAAUCUAAACAGAAAAUGGCCGACGGUGUUGGUGCGGGUGUCUCCUUUGUUUAGGCCUGAAUUCUAGUGAAAAUAAGUGCUACAAGAAAUAAUGCCUAGUGCCUCGUUUUCCUCUUCGCGUUCUUACGUCCGUAGAUCGCGAAGAAAAGGCGGACAUCGAAUACCCCUACCUUCUAGGACACAAUCGACUGAACCAUGUGAGUCAGUGCCUGGCCUAAACAACGUAACCGGGAGUGCGAUGGCGGCGACGGCCGCGUGCGCCGGGCCCAGCGGCAGCGGCGGCGGCGGCGGCUCCCCACCCGUGCCUACGGCCGCUCCCGCCACCACCGCCGGCCACCACAGCCCCUACGACCUACGCCGCAAAUCUCCCCCCGCCUACCAUGAACCUGGUCCUUCUGGAACUUGCUCCCUACCAGCCAGAAAACGGCCUCGCACAUCUCUAUCUCAAGGCGUGGAUGUAUGCAACGUGUCACAGUACCUUCAGUAUGAAUUGCCUGAUGAGGUGCUCCUUUGCAUCUUGUCGCACCUCACUGAACGCGAUCUCUGUCGCGUCGCACAAGUCUGCAAGAGAUUCAAUACUAUCGCUAAUGAUACUGAAUUAUGGAAAAGUUUGUAUCAGUCGGUGUUCGAAUACGACAUGCCACUGACGCAUCCGGCACCCUGUCAGUUUGAAUUAGUGCCUGUAGACGAAUGCGACGCGGACAACCCUUGGAAGGAAAGUUUCCGGCAGCUUUACUACGGCAUACACGUACGACCCAACUACCGCCCCAAGAAAGACUCUCGCAUCAAGCAUUUUAAUACUAUUAGGGCGGCUCUCGAGUAUGUGGAAGAACGCGGCGGCAGCUCCCCCAGCACCACAGGAUCCCCGACGUCAACAGCCAGCUCCACGUCGUCAACGACGUGCAACGGCGGCGCGACUUGCGGUUGCGCAAGCGGCUCCUGCUCGUGCCGCCGUGCUGCUCCCGCGCUUAUUUUUGUGCAUGCUGGUCUUUAUCAAGAGGAGUGCCUCGCUAUUGAUAGUGACGUGCAACUUAUUGGUUGUGCCCCAGGCAACGUAGCGGAAUCGGUUGUCUUGGAACGUGAAUCGGAAUCAACAUUGACGUUCGCGGAAGGAGCGAACCGCGCGUACGUCGGCCAUAUGACGCUCAAGUUCUUCCCAGAUGCCACCUCUACAAUGCAGCAUCAUAAGCACUAUUGCCUUGAAGUCAAUGAUAAUUGCUCGCCCACUAUUGACCAUUGUAUCAUUCGCAGUGGCAGUGUCGUGGGAGCAGCCGUGUGCGUAAUCGGCGCGGGCGCAAAUCCAGUGAUCAAGCACUGUGACAUCAGUGACUGCGAAAACGUGGGUUUAUACGUCACGGACUACGCCCAGGGCGCGUAUCAGGAUAACGAGAUAUCACGUAAUGCGCUAGCUGGUAUUUGGGUGAAAAAUUUUGCCAACCCUAUCAUGCGUCGUAACCAUAUACACCACGGCCGGGACGUUGGGAUAUUCACUUUUGAGAAUGGAUUGGGCUAUUUUGAAGCAAAUGACAUCCACAAUAAUAGAAUCGCCGGUUUCGAAGUGAAAGCCGGUGCUAACCCCACAGUGGUGCAUUGCGAGAUCCACCACGGCCAGACGGGGGGCAUAUACGUCCACGAAUCUGGCUUAGGCCAGUUUAUAGAUAACAAAAUACACUCAAAUAAUUUUGCUGGCGUUUGGAUUACCUCUAACAGUAACCCUACGAUACGCCGAAAUGAGAUUUACAAUGGACAUCAAGGGGGCGUGUACAUAUUCGGAGAGGGAAGAGGCUUGAUUGAGCACAAUAAUAUUUAUGGAAAUGCUUUGGCUGGAAUACAGAUCCGCACAAAUAGCGACCCUAUUGUGAGGCACAAUAAGAUCCAUCACGGUCAGCAUGGUGGAAUCUAUGUGCACGAGAAAGGCCAAGGGCUCAUCGAAGAGAAUGAAGUUUACGCCAACACGCUGGCCGGUGUUUGGAUUACCACGGGCUCAACGCCUGUGUUGCGUCGUAAUCGUAUACAUUCUGGAAAACAGGUCGGCGUAUACUUCUAUGACAACGGGCACGGAAAAUUAGAAGACAAUGACAUAUUUAACCAUCUGUAUUCUGGUGUACAAAUUCGAACAGGCAGCAAUCCACUCAUUCGUGGCAAUAAAAUCUGGGGCGGACAGAACGGCGGCGUACUUGUGUACAAUGGUGGGCUAGGCAUGCUAGAACAAAAUGAAAUCUUCGACAAUGCUAUGGCAGGAGUGUGGAUAAAGACUGACUCCAACCCCACGUUGAAAAGAAACAAAAUCUUUGACGGUCGUGAUGGGGGUAUAUGUAUUUUUAAUGGUGGCAAGGGCGUCUUAGAAGAGAACGACAUAUUUCGCAACGCACAAGCCGGGGUGCUAAUCUCGACGCAGAGCCACCCCGUGCUGCGACGCAACCGGAUCUUCGACGGGCUCGCCGCCGGCGUCGAGAUCACCAACAACGCCACUGCCACUCUUGAGCAUAAUCAGAUCUUUAAUAACCGGUUUGGAGGUUUAUGUUUGGCAUCCGGUGUGUCACCCAUGGUGAGAGGUAACAAGAUUUUCAGCAACCAAGACGCGGUGGAAAAGGCCGUGGGCGGAGGCCAGUGUCUAUACAAGAUCUCAUCUUAUACUUCCUUCCCUAUGCACGAUUUCUACAGGUGCCAGACCUGCAAUACAACAGACCGCAAUGCUAUCUGUGUCAAUUGCAUCAAAACGUGCCAUUCUGGUCAUGAUGUAGAAUUCAUUCGUCAUGACAGAUUCUUUUGCGACUGCGGCGCGGGGACUCUGUCGAACCAGUGUCAGCUGCAGGGUGAACCGACGCAGGACACAGACACGCUGUACGACUCCGCAGCACCAAUGGAGUCGCACACGCUGAUGGUGAACUGAGCUCCGGCCCACGCGCCGCACAGCCCGCCGUCCGUCAUGGUCCGCGCCGCCGCCACGCCAUUCGCCAUGCACAUCCUCGUCACGCUGCACGACGGCCGCGUUGCCGCCGUCGUCAUCCGCAACCUCUUUCGCGUCAACAACAACAUCCAGGUCGUCUGACCUUCUGGCGCGUCGGAGGUAGCCGGGGAUCCCAGUCAAUAGAAUUUUAAUGAUUUCCGCCUACACGUGAGACGGCCGCGACGGCGUCGUGUUUGCGCCUGGGCGAAGCUGUGGCCAGGGUGCGCGGGGUGGGGCGGCGGGGCAAGGGCGCGCGGACCCGUCCCGCUACCGUGUCCUAGGCACCGCCACGCGUCGGAUAUCAGUAUUCGUCGGAAACUUCUAUGAACAUUAUUUAUUACUUUAGGUAUUAUUCGCUGGACUGCAACGAUUACUAUGAUACCAUUUGUACUUUCUAUGUCUCCGAUCGUCCAACGUGUGAUUUUGCACUUUGUCUAAUGAUGUAGUGUAAGUACACUAGUUGUAGCAAUUAUUUUUAUUACCUAAAACUCCACUGUAUAUUCUCAUCGAAGUCGCUGAUCACGAUGCCGUUUGGCGCGUGUGCUAUUCGUAAUCGUGUAACCGCUAAUUAUUAUGUAUUUUACAUCUUUAUACUCUUGUUGUUAUUAACGAAAAUUUGUGUAUGUAGAGAUUUAUUUCAAUCAUUUGUACUUAAUAAUUACGUCUAUUAGUAUCAAGCAUUCCCAAAUUGUAAUCGUACCAUAAUCUCAAAAUCACAUUGAUAAUUAGAAUAAUGUUAUUCGUUUUAUAAGAUGUACUGGUAGUAGUAUUUAUAGUAUCUACCAUAGUUUCAUAAUCAUGGGGAAGAUUAUGUUUAUUUUGGUCAAAAAUACUAUGCAUAAUUAAGUUACUAGUUUUAGUUUUCGAUCCAGCGACUGUGACAGUUGGGAUGGCUUUAUAUUGUAUUAUAAUAUGAUAUCGAUUUUAACCAUUAAACGACACGAGUUCAUAUUAUAUCGGAGCAUUUACCCUUAGCUCUCCUGACGACGGGGUUUUCGUCUAUACGUUUUAGUUAAUAAAGAUAGUUGUGAAGUGAGUGAGGUCGGUUAUACUAGUGGUUAGUGAGUCUAGCACGGGCCAUGGAGGCACAGGACUGCCGGUCGCCGGCCGCGGCGCCACCGCAAGCCAAACGCCCACCGCCGUCGAUGAGCUGUGGACGCGACGCACGGCAUCUUCUUCGAGUCUGCCUCUCCUAACUAUUCAGCGCUACUAAUGCGCUUUGUAAAUAUUUAUGUCACACAAUAAUCGAAAUGUAGUAAUUAAUGUAUUUGUAUCAUUAUAUUUUUAUUAUUGAUCACAACAUGUAUGUUUAAUUAUGAAUUACGUACGUUAUGCUCAGAGUCGCGCUUGUAUGUAAAGAGCCACUUUGCCUGCGAGCCAGUAGAUAGAUGGGAGAUAUCAUUAGCCGCGGGCGCGUCCCGUUACUGUAUAUUAAGAUGCAAAUUUAAGAACGGAUGUGCGUAUUUAAUUGGAAAAGAUCUUAGGUACAAUUGAUAUUUUAUUAUAUUGUUAAUUUAAAUUUGGUAUUGAUAUCGAUCGAGAAGCAAUGUUAGGAACUGGGAUGAGCCGCGAGAGAGCGGAUAGUGCUGAUAGUGAUAAGUUAGCCGAUAAGCUAUAAUGAAAUCUAAAUUACUCAGUAAUAAUCAAUCACUAUUGCAAGUUUCGAAUUGUUAAAUCGUCUCCAUAGCACGGUAUGUUCUAAAUCUUGCUUUUUUUAUAAUCCUCAAUCUGUGAUCAAUCGCUAAAUGUAUAAGUGAAUUUGUUUUAGUUAAUUUCAAGAACAGGUUUUAUCGUCUCGUCCAAAUUAUUGUGCCGCCGAUGCUUUUGUAUUCUUGAAUGUGAAAUUAUUGUUAUUUAUUAUAGAAUUGUCACUAUGUUCUAAUUUAUUGAAUUAAAAUCUGGAUAUUUUGUUUAUACAUGAAAAUACCACUGUAAAAGCCGUGAUAUACAUCAUAUAAUAUUAU